CCGCCGCCAAGAUGGCGUCGCUGCUGCAGUCGGAGCGCGUGCUGUACCUGGUGCGCGGCGAGAAGGAGCUGCGCGCGCCGCUGCCGCAGCUCUACUUCUGCCGCUACUGCAGCGAGCUCCGCUCCCUGGAGUGCGUCUCGCACGAGGUGGACUCGCACUACUGCCCGAGCUGUCUGGAGAACAUGCCGUCAGCUGAGGCCAAGCUGAAGAAGAACAGAUGUGCCAACUGCUUUGACUGCCCGUGCUGCAUGCACACGCUCUCCACCCGCACCACCAGCAUUCCCGCUCCGCUCCCGGACGACCCUGCCAAAACCACUAUGAAGAAGGCGUAUUACUUGGCCUGUGGGUUUUGCCGCUGGACUUCCCGAGACGUGGGCAUGGCAGACAAGUCUGUCGCUAGUGGUGGCUGGCAGGAGCCGGAGAAUCCUCACACUCAGAGGAUCAACAAACUGGUUGAGUACUACCAGCAGUUGGCUCAGAAGGAGAAGAUAGAGCGGGAUCGCAAGAAGCUGGUGCGCCGCCGGAACUACAUGCCCCUGGCCUUCUCGCAACACACUAUACACGUAGUGGACAAAUAUGGCCUGGGAACGCGGCUGCAGCGGCAGAGAUCUGGAGCUCCUCUCAGCGCCCUCGCCGGCCUCUCUCUGAAGGAAGGAGAGGACCAAAAAGAGAUCAAGAUUGAGCCAGCUGACGCAGUAGAAGAAGUGGAGCCCCUUCCUGAGGAUUACUACACAAGACCAAUCAAUCUGACAGAAGUGACGACUCUGCGGCAGCGCCUGCUGCAGCCCGACUUCCAGCCAAUCUGUGCUUCCCAGCUCUACCCACGCCACAAACACCUCCUGAUCAAACGUUCCCUGCGCUGCCGGAAAUGUGAACAUAAUCUGAGCAAACCAGAAUUCAAUCCAACAUCUAUCAAAUUCAAGAUCCAGCUGGUUGCUGUGAACUAUAUUCCUGAAGUGAGAAUCAUGUCUAUUCCCAACCUGCGCUACAUGAAGGAGAGCCAAGUUCUUCUAACUCUGACCAAUCCAGUGGAGAACAUCACACAUGUCACGCUGCUGGAGUGCGAGGAGGGAGACCCAGAUGAUAUCAACAGCACUGCCAAGGUAGCGGUUCCUCCCAAGGAGCUUAUUCUGGCUGGCAAAGAUGCUGCAGCAGAAUAUGAUGAGCUGGCAGAGCCUCAAGACUUCCAGGAUGACCCUGACAUUAUUGCCUUCAGGAAAGCCAAUAAGGUUGGAGUUUUCAUCAAGGUCACUCCACAGAAAGAGGACGGUGAAGUGACCGUGAGCUUUAAGAUGAAGCAUGAGUUUAAAAACCUUGCUGCUCCAAUCCGGCCCACUGAGGAGAGCGAUCAGAGCUCUGAGGUCAUCUGGCUCACCCACCACGUGGAGCUCAGCCUUGGGCCAGUGCUCCCAUAAACACUCCCAACACCUGCAUCCCAAUGGCUGGCCGCAGGAUGGACUGUCACAGUAGAAGAAGGCGCCUGGUGAGAAGUUCUGUGAGAGGCUCUGGUGUGUGGAUGUGUGCCAGGGCCUCCAGCCAAGCCACGAGGAGGAAGCUGCAUGGGUGUGGGUGAGGGUACCCUGCUCUUGGAUGACUUGUUCUUCUCCCUACUCUUAUCUUAGUGUCCCCUAACUACUACUCUGUUUCCCCACACCACUACCUGCUAGUUUAACUUGAUAGCACAUGUUUCAGCACAGAGAAAGUUCUAGCUUUCUCCAGACCUGCACUACACCGAGCUGAUUUUUUUCUUUAUCAACAGAAGAGAAUCUUUAUUAGUCUCCUCCAUCAACCCACGGAGCUAAUGCUAUGUGCUCAAUUAUGGAAGUCUUCUUUUUUUCAGCACAGACCUAUGCCCCUUUCUGAGAAAACAUGUUCAGGAGGUGGCCGUGUCUGCUGCAUUAUAGUCAAGUCUCUCUUUUUUCCUGCUUCCUAAUAGCAUCCCUCAAAUAAGUGUGAGGGACUCGAAGAUACAACUACUUCUCUGUUAUGGAAAAAACAAAACCCACUUUGGCAUGUGUAGCUUGCUUUGGCCAAGGUGAUAAAUCUGUGUUCACAAAGAAAAUGAUCACUUUGCCUUUAAACUGAAAAUAUACUGUACUGUGUUCAUGGAUUUGACUGACAGUCCUGUUUAAGCCUGUAGUGGUGCAAGAUGGAUUUGACAGCCUGGUGCUUUGCGAGGUGGGAAGCUGCUUGUGAUAGAGCCCCUCACUGAGGUAAGGGUGUUCCUGCAGAGCUGCCUGCCACUCUUGGUAUCAGUAACGUUGUGCCCAGGCAGCUGCAACAAGAGAGCUGGAGGCUCUCUAAACUCUGAACUUGGAGAGUUUAGCCUAGGUCCAGGAUGCAUAAAACUUAAAGGGGUGUUCUUGUUACUACUCAGUUUAUUUCUGUUCUAGUGAGCUGGGGAAAAAUGUCAAGGAGGAAAGACUGUUACACACUAACGAUGCCAUUGUAAAAAGAUAACUUGUCCAUGGUGUAUCCAGGUGCAAUUGAGCUCUAGUCCAAACUAAAAUUUAAUUACGAGCUGUGUACCAGGUAGCUGCAGUAGUAUAAUGCAGGCAGGUGAGACUCUGCUCUCUGUGGGGACUUUUGCAGUCACAGUUCAGACAUUAACCUUUAUUAAACAUUUCUCAUAGUCUUGAAUAGGCUGGUGCUAUAAGG